UCAAUAUGUCGUUUUGAACUAUAUCAGUGAGAGAUAUUCCAAAGGAAAUCACAGCAGAUUUCUGGAACAAUCAUUUUGAAAUAUCAGAGAAGUAGACAGAUAGGACUACAAUAUGCAUUUGAGAGUUACAUACAAUAUAAUUUAUUGGCGGAAUAUUGUGAAUAUUAUGAUAUCUGCAAGCGUCAGACAUCCCACAUCUUGACAAGGACAAACAUAUACUGGAACAACAAUGCCCCUGCCCAGUAGGGAGGAUAUAGACCUAUUAGCAACAUCAGCCCGAUGGCAUGUAGCAGACAUCACUUUAUACGUCAUGAAAUGGGAGUACCAGUGUCUCCAUCCAGAGGGUCCCACCUCCCUCCAUGCGUCACCAGGAGGCCAAGAAAAAAGUUUGGAGACAGUUGACAUUCAAAAUGCACACUUCACUCAAGAUCAGUCUGCUACACCGAACUAAUACUUAAAUCCAAGUAAAUAUUCCCAGGAAGGAGAGGCAGUUUGUUGACGUCGACAGGUUAAUAGGCCUCUUUUUUUCUCCAGCAAUGUUUCCCAGCCCCAGCACGUCCACUCCCUUCUCGGUAAAGGACAUAUUAAACCUGGAGCAGAGGCAUGACGUUAUGGUGUCUUCUCUGGACGUUUCUUCUUCUUCAUCUUCUCGUAUGGAUUGCUGCACCGUGUCGACCUCCUCCUCUUCUUCCUCCUCUUGCAUGCUGGCCCGCCUGAAGCAGGAGCCUCUCCGGGACAUGUCCACCUCGCUGUUUGGAGAAGACCUCCAGGAGUCCAGAGCAGACAGCAGAGGCAAUGCACUCAACUUUGCUACUACCUUUUAUGGGAAAUCCCUCAUGGAGAUGGAUAUAGUUAAGGAUGGGAAAUCAGACGCGUUUGAGGCGAAACGUAGAAAAGAGGAGUUCAGUCCUCCAAUCGAGCCCGUGGAGGACCUAAAACCCUUGGAGGAUCCAGACCGACCCAAGUCCCGGAGACGCAGGAAGCCUCGUGUCCUCUUCUCCCAGGCUCAGGUGUACGAGCUCGAGCGCCGCUUCAAGCAGCAGAGGUACCUGUCUGCUCCGGAGAGAGACCACCUGGCCGGCGCGCUCAAACUCACCCCGACGCAGGUGAAGAUCUGGUUCCAGAACCGGAGGUACAAGUGCAAACGGCAGAGGCAGGACCAGAGCCUGGAGAUGGUGUCUCUGCCGCCGCCCAGGAGGGUGUCGGUACCGGUUCUGGUCCGGGACGGGAAGCCUUGCCUGGCUGCGGACUCAGCAGCCACCUACAACCCGUCCUACAUCAACCAUUUCACCUAUAACAACUACCCGGCCUUCAGUAACUACACCAGCCCUGCAUGCAACUCAAACUAUGCGUGUAAUUAUCCUGCAGCCUCAAUGCAAACUGUGCAGGGAUCCUCCAACAACGGGAACUACAUGAACUUUGGGGACCUGAAUAAUGUGCAGAACACCUUUUCCUCCAGUAAUGGGGUGUCUUCAUUACAUGGCAUUAGGACAUGGUAAACUAAAUACCAAAUACUCCUAUUCAGUUUAAAGGGGUUUAUUUCUGACUGCAUGCAUUUUUUAAAUGUGUCAAGACUUGUUUGUGGAGUUUGUGUAACUUUUCUUAUAUUUAAUUACUUACUUUUUUGGUAGUUUUUCGUUUUUAUUUUGAGCACCAGUUUUUGUCUGAAUAGUCUACAUUUUUAUUUAUUUCCGUGAUAUUAUAGCACAGACAUGUCAUUUGAGAGAAAAUAAAAAAAUUAAAAUAAAACACAGUUAAUUAAAAAAAAUGUAAUUAAAUGUCAAAUUUAGAACCAUAUUCUAUUUUAUUAUUCUUUUAUUUUUCUUUUAUUUUUUAAUUUUCUUGACACAAUGACACAGUGUUGUUAAAUAAUUUUAGCUAAAAAAAAAAUCAGACAGUAUUUUCAGUGUGUGACGAUGAAAGAGACAACCAAUAGUAAAUUUAGUCUAAAAUUAUUAAUUAUAUAAGGAUAUUAUCAUUAUUAUUAUUAUUAUUUGUUAAAAUUGCUGUUAUGCAACUAUUUAAUUCUGAUGCUUAAAGUUGUUUAAUGUUAUAAUUAGCUCUGGUUUGGCUCUGACUUUCAAUCCCUAAAAUCAUUAAAAAAUAUAUAAUAAAAAUAUAUAAUAGUGAACUAUAAUUAUGACAAUACAUAAUCCAUGCCAGUGGGUCACAUAAUGGUUGAACUGGUUCUACAGUAGAUCCACAUAAAGGACCCUGACAUCUGUAAAACCCUCACAUGGUUUGUGUCUGGUUAAAACGUUCAAGUGGCUAUUAGGAAGCUUCCUUCAAUAUGCUUAAACAAGGUUAGAAGGUUGUUAAAAGUUUACACUUUUUACGGCCCGCUGUCAGACACGUGUACACUCUACACCCAUGUUUAAAGUUGCUGUGACGGAGAUGGCUGCGAGCCAUGACCUUGACCUGUAUUACAUCUUAUUAAAGCAGGUUCUGCUGUUUUUUAAAUUCUGUGGUACUACAAAACAUUCAGAUUUUCUUUUAUUGUAUUGAAGUAUUUUCAUAUACAACAUGUCAAAAGCCAUCCUGAAGGUCAGCGACCUUUUCUCUGUACUUGUUAAUAUGAGGACAAAUUCAAGAUGUUACCUGAUCCAAGAUAUUUAUCUAUUUUUGGACAGUAUACUUGAUUAUUAAAGACUUCCUUUUUAAAACUUUU